AUGUAUUUCUUUUACAUUUCUACCGCACCUCUCCGCGGCAUCGGCAAUAACUCGACGACCAUGUCUGCGGCGGCAGCCGACGCGCAGGCCGCGCAGGCGCAGGUCGCCCAGCAGCAGCACCAGCCGUCCAAGGCGAGCCACGACUACAAGGGCUUCGUUGCCGGCGUAGGCAGCGGCAUUGCCAAACUCACAGUCGGCCAUCCGUUUGACACGGUCAAGGUGCGUCUGCAGAGCUCCGACCGUUUCAAGGGCCCCCUCGAGUGCGUCAUGCAGACGAUCCGCCUCGAGGGCGUGCGCGGGCUCUACAAGGGCGCCACGCCCCCCCUCGUCGGCUGGAUGUUCAUGGACAGUGUCAUGCUCGGCUCCCUCAGCGUCUACCGGCGGCUCAUGGCGCAGCACGUCUUCCACGUCGACGUCUGGGCGCCCGGCACCCUCCUCCCCUCGCGCGCCUCCUCCUCCUCCUCCUCCCCCGCCACGCGCACCGCGCUGCCCUCCGUCGGCCACGGCCUCGCGGGCAUCCUCGCCGGUGCCACCGUGUCCUUCAUCGCCGCGCCCGUCGAGCACAUCAAGGCGCGGCUGCAGAUCCAGUACGCCGCCACAAAGGCCGGUCGGCUGUACUCGGGCCCCGUCGACUGCCUCGCCAAGAUAUACCGCCACCACGGCGUGCGCGGCGUCUACCACGGCCUCGGCGCCACGCUACUCUUCCGCGGCUUCUUCUUCUUCUGGUGGUCCACCUACGACCUCUUCUCGCGCUGGAUGCGCCAGCACACGACCCUCAGCAAGCCGGCCGUCAACUUUUGGGCGGGCGGCCUGUCGGCGCAGGUCUUUUGGCUGACGUGCUACCCGGCGGACUUCGUCAAGCAGCGCAUCAUGACGGAUCCGCUGGGCGGCGGCCUGGGCGACGGCCAGCGCAAGUACCGCAGGUGGCGCGAGGCGGCGGUCGAUGUGUACAGGGAGGCGGGCUUCAAGGGCUACUGGCGAGGGUUCCUGCCGUGCUUCUUGCGCGCGUUUCCGGCGAAUGCAAUGGCACUAGUUGUGUUUGAGGGCUUGAUGAGGACGUUGCCGUGA